UCAAACUUGCGUCAUUCUCGCGGGCAACCUACUUGUUUUGGGGCCUAGUUGCCACAAAGUAUGGAAGCAAAUUUUGGAAUGGUUCCUAUUUUCGUACACGUCUAAGUAGCAAAAAAGAAUCGUAGUGCGAGUUGUUUUGUGUAAUUUAAAUACUUUUGCGAUGCAAAAUCUGAAAGGAAGUUUAACGGUAUGUUUCUUUGUUUCCUUUUGUACGUAGCCUGUCAGUGCUAAAGGAAGUUAGCUAGCUCGAGCGACCGAUUUUUAGCUUUUAAUUGCUUCUGCUCACAAAAAGGACCAGACCUUUGUGAUUUUUGAGGUGGAUAUUCGGGAUACAACAACAGUGGCCAUGGCUAUGAUUAUGACUGUGGAUCAGUUGGAGACAAAAACAUUGUUACUUCAGGAGUCCUUGAAGACAGAAGAAAACCUGUUGGAUUAUGAAUGUGAGGAGUCCUUGAAGACAGAAGAAAACCUGUUGGAUUAUGAAUGUGAGGAUGAAAAACAUAUUUUUGAGUCUCCAAAUGACUCAGUUUGCUGUGUAAAUGAAACUGCCAGAAAGAGGAAACUAUGCCAAAACGGCUUGGACUGUCCCAGACCAUUUAAAAAGCCAGUGGUAGUGUUGACUAGACUUCCUGAAUAUAAGUGGGAGCCAGAAGUUGAUUCCAGUGAUUCAGAUUUUUCACCCUCCAACAAUACACGGAAACCUGCAAGAAUUAACAAAUGCAGUGAGAGCGACAGAACACCACCACCUGCUUCACCUCCGAGCACCAGCACCAAUGCGGCAGAUGUGGCUCCUGUUAUAAUAUCAUCAGUGUUUGGCCAUUCCUCCAAGGAAAUAAUAACUGCCCGACCUGAGGCACAGAAGGAUGAACUCAAAUUGAACAUGGUAGUUCUGGCUAGGAGAAGACCUAUGAGGUGGCAACAGGGGAAAAUAGUCGAGAUAGUUACAAGGGAAGACGGACGGUUAAAAUACAAAGUCAGUUUUGAAGAAAAAGGGAAGAGUCUAGUAUCUGGACACCACGUUGCUUUUGACACCACAGCAAAGGUGGAGCAGCUGUAUGUUGGUGCCCGUGUGGUGAUUCAGUGUCAAGAUAACAAGUACCGGUUCCAGCCUGGUGUCGUAGGCGAGCUCCGCAGCAGAAAGAACCGCCUAAGGUUCUUGAUCUUUUUGGAUGAUCACACGCCGGUCUAUUUUGGGUUACCUUUAAUUCAUUUGGUUUGGAAACCUUUGGAAAACAUUGCAGAUGACAUUCCAGAGGGCCCUCACAAAGACUUCAUAGAACAUUACCUGAAUAAGUGGCCGUACCCUCAGUUAACCCAGUACAGGCUUGGACAGACCCUUAAUGCUGAAUUGAACGGAGUCCUGCAAAAGUGUGAAGUGCAGAUUAUUGACUGCAGCUUAAUGCAGGUUAUCUUUCAGGAGAGUGAACAUAAGGAGUGGAUAUACCGAGGUUCGUCACGACUGGAGCACAUGGCAAAGUUUUUGGAGAUGAAACACAGAGAACAGCUUGAGUGCGACUCUGACUGAACGUCCCCUGAUGCAGUAGCUGCAAAAAUUGAAACUAUUUUACAAUCGGAUGAGAUGCCAUUUUUUUUAAAUUUUUUGGUUUUUUUUUUUUUUUUUUUUAAAUUUUUUUUUUUUGUGGAGAACCAGCAGCCAGUAACAAAUGAGUGUGAUGGUACAAGCAUACUCACACUCAUUUUAAGCUGUUCCAGCUUGAAACAGGUUUUAUUUCUCCUUUUUUUUUUUUUUUUUUUUUUGUAUUUACUUUUAAUGUACAGACUUGAAGAAAUAUAUAUAUAUGUGUGUAGCUGGUGGAUUAAUGCAUUUCCAAAUGUUUGUCCAACAUAAACAAAUUACCCAAUAAUCGUUAUAGUCACUCAUUUUCUGUCCUUUUUUUUUUUUUUUUUUUUUUUUUUUUUUAAAACACUUCUACACUGAUUUAUGAUUGAAACGUGUCCUGUGCUGAGACGGGAUAAACAUUGUGUAACUUGGUUUCAGGUAUCCCCCCCCCCCCGGUGUUAUUUUAUCCUGUAGAUGUCUAAAGUAAAAAAAAACAAAACAGAUUUUCAUAGUGAGAAUUUUGAAGGAAUGGAGAUUGUGUUUUGAAGCAUUAGUUAAAAUGUGUUAGUUUUAAUGCUUGCUCACAUUUUCAGUGACUGUUUUCACACAGGAGAAUUUUCUGAGGAAGUUCUGACAUCACGCCCUUUUUCUUGCUACUUUUCAACUCCAUAACUCAGGAACUGAAUUGGAUACUCAUGGGUGAAGCAGUUCAUGUCUGCCCACCAUAAUAGUGUAAUUUUUCUGUUCUGCCACAUUGAAAGGGUGUAUGCAGAUUUUUGUGAAUAGUAUUGACUGUUUAGCCACCAAAAUAAACCAGUUGCCUAAUGUUGUGUUUAUCCUCCUUGUUCCACCUUCCAAAGCUGUAAAUAGUUUCUGAGUCCUGUAGUUUUCUCUUGUCUUGUUGCAUGUAGUGGGGCUCACACUUUGAGAUGGGGUGAGGAGUUGUGCAAUUUGUAAAAGGCUCAGCUCCUCUGUGUGAAAAGAUGCUUCCUGGAUGUGUCCCAGGAGAGCUGUUCUGGUCUUUUUACUGGAAAAAAAAAACCCCAUAGGGGCAGUAGAAGAAGGGUGGAUGGAAAUCAAACAAAAGCCAGAAUCACUAUGUGGCAUGAAGGUUGUUUUACUUAAAAAUUGGCACAUUUUGUAAUACAAUAAAGAUGAAGCUACAAUGAACACAGAA